AUGUCGCUUAAGGAUGAACCCUGCGUUCGUAUUGCCGUUCUGGCGGGCCCGCCUAUGGUUGUGGUGGAGAAUAAGGCUCCUCCGUACAAGAUUAGCGGUUUAGCAGUUGAGAUAUUUGAGAUUCUCAUGAAAUAUAUUGGACGAUGCUACGAAUGGGUGGUACCUGAAGAUCACCUUUAUGGGCAUCAACUUCCUAAUGGGUCUUGGACAGGUAUAAUCGGGUAUAUUGUGGAUGGGAAAGCCGAUAUAGCCUUACCUCUGAGCAUCACCUCGGAACGGCUGAGGGUAUUGCAGUUCACGGAAGUUGUGACCAUGGAAGAGUUCGUUGUGAUUUACAAGCGACCUGACUUACAAUCCGAUAUCACGGGAUUCAUCAAGCCUUUCACUCCCAUGGUGUGGCUGACGGUGUUUCUCGCAGCCAUGGUAGUCUGCGCAGUUACCUGGGUUAUUCUCAAGGCGCAGACCAAGCUGACGAGAGCUCAGUGGGUUUACACUUCUGAUGUGUUGACCGAGAGUGAAGCAACUGGAGAAAAGUGUAACAUGGAUAAAGUGACGGUUCUUGGUCAAAGAUCCUUCCUGUGGACUAUGUCUCACCUUAUAAGUCAGCCCGUACCUUGGGAACCUACCAAAUACGCCGCAAGAACUAUUGGGGGCCUGUGGCUUCUCGUGGCCUUCGUCCUGGGUUUGGUGUACCGGGGCAACCUCAAGGCCAUGCUCAUCCUGCCGAAGGUGGAGUUGCCCUUCAACAACUUGAAGGAGCUAGCUGCCUCUGACGUCAAGGCCGCCCCCCCUGACACGACGUACGGCUUGAUCGCUAAGAAGAGCUACGCCCAUUUGAGGGUCGAAGAGGGGAUCCGAGACGUGUACGAGGGGAAACACGCCGUCAUUUGCUUGCUGUUGGCGGCGCUGGAUAGUAUGGACAAAACGUUCUCGAGAAGCGCCGAAUGCCACCUGUAUAUAGUGGCAGAGCGGUUCUUAAGAACAAACAGCAUGGCGAUCCCGAUUGCCAAAGGAAAUGCACUGAGGCCGAAGCUAGAUAGAGCAAUCAGGAGGAUGAGAGAAUUCGGAAUCCUUGAGCACAUUAUCCAAAAGAAACUUGCCAACGGAACCCUCUGCAUGAAACCUCCCAGCCAGACCGUGACAACUGGGGUCCUGAGAGCUCUCGAUAUCGUGGACUUCUUCGGGGUGUUUGCCAUCUACGCUAAACGUUUUGUCUCUGAGCCGAGGAACAGCUGUGUAGGGGCUUCGCGAGGCAGGUUUUAUACUGAUAUAAAACUGGAGAUGAGGUCCACAGAGCCUGUUAUUGGGCGAGAGUUUUAUACCCUUGGAGCAUAUAGUACUUAA